CGGGAGCAGCCAUGGCGCGGGCGGGGCGGGCGGCGGCAGCGGGGCCGGGCGAGCUGCCGCGGGGCCGGCGGGGACACAGCGGCCGCGGCCCCGCCGAGCGCCUGUAGCCGCGGCCGGGCCGCAGGCUGGCGAGCCGGGGCGCGCUGGCGGCGGCCGCCGCGGCGGCGGCGGAGGAGGGAGGAGGCGGGAGCCAGCCGCCGGCCGCGCCGCCACACAAGAAGAUGAAGAAGCGGAAGGAGCUGAACGCCCUCAUCGGCCUGGCCGCCGACGGCCGCAGGAAGAAAUCCCUCAAGAACGGCUCGGGCCACCGGCUGUUGCGCACCGAGCCGCCCGCCUCUGACUCCGAGUCCAGCUCCGAGGAGGACGAGUUCGCGGCGGCGGGGGCGCGGGGCCGCUGCGGCAAGGGAGACUAUCUGCGAUGCUGCAAAUUCUGUUACCCAUUGUGUGCAUUUGUCAUUCUCGCCGCUUGUGUGGUAGCGUGCGUUGGCUUGGUCUGGAUGCAGGUGGCUCUCAAGGAGGAUCUGGACGCAAUAAAGGAGAAGUUUCGAACUAUGGAAUCUAAUCAAAAGACGUCAUUCCAAGAAAUUCCGAAACUGAAUGAAGAUUUGGUGCAGAAGCAAAAGCAACUAGAACAAAUUGAGAGUGGAGAACUGGGGCUAAAUAAGAUUUGGAUCAAUAUCACAGAGAUCAAUAAACAGAUAUCACAAUUGACCUCAACAGUAAAUCAUCUCAAAAACAACAUCAAGUCUGCUCCUGAUCUGAUUUCUCUUCCUCUCACAGUAGAGAAGCUUCAGAAGACUGUAGCGAACAUAGGUAGCACGCUUACCAGUGUUUCUCACGAUGUUGAAAACAUACAGACAGUUAUUGAAGAAUACAAGAAAUCCAUAGAAAUACUUCAGAAUGAUGUGAAGGAAUUAAAGCAGAUACCUUCACUUCCCUCCACUGUUGUGCCAAGGACUGAGAGAAAUCAGACAGAAAAUUGCAAACAGGACAGCCAGUCACUGCACACAGCUUUGGAGGAGCUAAAUAACACUGUACUGGUGUACCAAAAGCUGAAUGACAUCAAGCUUCUAAAUGUGGAUUCAGCCAUCGGGAACCUCAGCCAGAGGGUUAUGCUGUUAGAAAACUCUGCCCUUGCUGUGAAUAAUCUGGACAAAAGAGAGAACUUGUCUAUCAGUGUGGGGAAUGAUGCAACUACCUCUCGAAAAACACAAAACGAAGAUCAACUAGAUAAUGAAAGUCAUUCAGAUAAAGAAAAGGAAACAGGAACUAGAGAUUCUCAGGUAUUAAAAAGAAAAGAAACACUUGAGCUGAUCAAUGCUCUCACAGGCAAGCCUGAAAAUGACAGACCCACUGAGACAUCACAGAAUGUUGAAAGUAGUCUGAGUACUACAGCAAAGCCCACAGACCUUUCUAGGCUGGCUUCUCGGUCAGCUGAUGACAACGCUGAGAGUAACGGACAGCUGAGACAUCUGUCCUUACCAGGAAUUGCCAGCAUGGAAGAUCUUCAGAAUUUGUUUGAAACAGCAACUGAAGAUGCUGAUAGAAAACUAUCACAUGAAGAUCUCCAAAAGCUGCUCGGCUCUACGGCCCCAGAGUCCCAGAGCUUUAAGAAAUUUGACACAGAUGGAGAUGAGAAAUACUCGUUACAAGAACUGAGAUUAGCUUUAGGGGUAUAGGAUAUAUAUAUUUAGAAAUGUGAUAUUGAUGGAUGCUACUGUAGCUAAAGGAAACUACAGGACAUGAAAAACUACGGCUGCACUUUCCUAGUGUUUUACUGAUCUUUGGAGCUAAAUUACUGUUCACAUUGCCACCUCUUAUUUUCGUUUGCGUUUAUUGACAUUUACAAAGUUUUAUGUUGAUAGGACGUAAUAUUGGGACCGUGUUAAAAUCCAGCAAAUUCCCAAACUUGGAAACAUUUUCCUCUCAUUCUUUCCUUUUCAAGGGAGUUUUGGUUUUAAUUUAAAAUAUGUACAUACUAAAAUAAAACUAUGGUUUUAUAUUUCACUGAAAUUUGCCUUAAAUUAGAGAGCUGCACUUUAUGUAGAGUGGAAGGAAAUCUGUCUUGUAAAGAUGGGCUUCUUCUGCUUGUAAAUAUUUGAGACAGAGUAAAUUAUGCAUAUUUAAGGAGGAGUUUGUGUCAGGGGCUGUGUUGGUAGGAAGGUGUUUAUGACGAAAGACUGAGCCUAAAAGGGGUGGUGUUAAGAGCCUCAGCUCAAUUUGUAAUUAUGACUAAGUAUAUCCAUGAAUGAGUUUGGACUCAGAGGAAAGCAGGAGUGGUAAAUCAUGCCCAUCUAUAGCAGGAUUUAUUUUUAGAGGGAAGAGUUGAAAGUGUUUUUUAUAUCAUCAACCUACAGGAGCAAUUACCUACCAAGUGCUUGGGGUUUCACUUCAGCAUUCUUCUAGCUUUGCUGUGUUGCAUCCAGAUUACAUUUUGUGAGAUGAGCCUAUCUGUUUUUAUUUAAAGAAAAGCAAGCUAUUGAACAACUUUAACAGAUGCUUAAGAGGUAAAAGUCUACAAUGCAGCCUGCUGAGUAGCACCCGAAUAGCCCAUGCUAUGGGUACCAUCAGUGGUGUGCUGGUGGUCUUACUGGCUGGUCUCUGGAGGUCUGUGAAGAACAGGGUUGCUGAUGCUGCCGCUUCCUUCCAUCCAUCCGCUGUUGUUUGGGUCACUCUGAAGUGUCCUGAGUAAAGCUUGUGGUCACUGGGAGCGUGAGCAGGUGGGGAAGGCCCGGAGUAGACUCGUGGGCUGUUUCCUGACUAAUGUGAACACGAUCACUUCUUGGUACCUUUACCUUUUGUGUUCUUGCCAACAGAAGGGUAUAAAAAGCAGGGUAGGAGUGUGCAGUUGCAUCAGCAUUCUCUACUGAGACCUGCUUCGUUAGUGAGGUUUCCUUAAUAUAGAGGAACUAAGGGUUUGUUUGUACUAGUGGAUGUAAACACAGAGCAUGUUUUUAACCUUCUGGAACACAGAAAAUGGCUUUUGCAGAGGGGAUUAUUUUGCACUCAACAUCAGGGCCAAGUUGGAUGAUUUUGCUCGCAAAUAUUGCUGAUCUUGUUGGGAGUUUUUUGCAUGAUUAGUGAAUUGAAGUUGCCCACCUUGCUGAAGCAUCAGUUUGUGUGGAAGCCUGUUCAUAAUUGUUGACUUUAUAUAACUUUAGGCUGGAUGUUUUAUGAAUAAUUGUAUUCUGGAAGUAUGAAUUUCUGAAGGAAUGUAGAAAAUUGAACCCUGUUGCCCGUUGCCUAGGCUUCUUUCAGUGUUGCUCUUCUAUCCUGUUUGGGUAAUGCAGAUGUGAUGCUUUUGAAUGAUGUUUAAAAACAAAACCAACUAACCUGGGCUUUUGACAGGACGAGAAGCCAACACUUGUUUCUUGCCACCUCCCAUGCCCUUUUAUACACUACAGUAUAAUUCCUUAACCAAAUAAUAAUAAUUAAAAAAAAAAACAAACCAAACAACUAGCAAUAAAAUGUAACCAUUCUGGUAUUUUAUUUGUACAUACUGUAUCAUAGCCAUAUGCCAGAGUUUGCGAAAUAUUUUUGGAAGUUUGAUUUGUAUGGAACUUAACUUACCUUAAAAUUUAAGGGAUUAUUGUAUUGCCACGUGUUUUGUUGCAGUCUGCUUUACUUUCAGAUGGCUCUUCAACAGCGUUAGUGGAACUGUCAGCUGGAGACAGUGUGUGCCGCUACAGCCGCCCGUGGCCCAGGAGCCCAGCGGGUCGGUCACUGGCCCUGGGGCACAGCUCUCCAGUGGUGCUGUUCAGUUUGCAUGGCAGGAGCACGUUGCUGUAGUCACUGCUGUUGUGGGAUGGACUUGUGCUGUCAAUUUAACAAAAUAUGGUGGUCUUUGGGUGCAGUGGUCGCUUGUUUGGCCGGGGGUAGCUGGUCGUGUGUGCUGCAGGCUGGGAGCACUGGGCCCUGGCCAGGCUCUCCCAUCCAGGCAGGUUUUCUGCUCCCCUGCCCGUCUCCAUCCCCUGUGCUCUCCAAAACCCCUGUCCCGGGGCUGACAGGCUUCCUCCCCUGUGGUUUAUUAAAGCUGCAGGUGGUGGAGGCCAUAAAAGCCCCAGAUGUGAUAAAUAUGCUUGUCCAGAUCUGCUCUCUGCUGAGCUCACGGCUGCAGACAGGUUUUCAGAGGGGUGGCUGACACCGGCCCAGGAGGUGCCGAGUCCGGAGAGACAAAUGAUGUCUGGAAUCCAAAGAAAUGAGACAGUGGGUGCUGGUCUGGGCUGCAGUGGCGUGGAGCGAUGCGCUGCUGGGACUUGCUGUGAUCUGGUGUUCAUUUUCUGACUGUAUUUGUGGGGUUUUUGGCAGCUCCGGACACUGCGUGUCUGUCAGUGACCGGCCUGUGUGAGGAGCGCAUAGCGCUGGGUGCGAGCUGCGGCCCCCCCGCCUUUUCCCAUGUAAUGCGGCUUUAAUUUCUCCCAAUAAAAGUUAAUUUCCA